AUGUUGGACAUGCGGAAUCUGACAUUGGCGCAGCAUGAAACCGCUGCCAGUGCCCUAACCUGGGCAUGCUACCUCUUCCGCCUCCACCAGGACGUCCAGCGACGCCUGCGCGAGGAAAUCCGGUCGAGAAUCCCGUCCGCCGCUUCUUCCGUCACCUGGAACGCGCUCGAGUCUCUUCCGCUCCUGAACGGCGUCUGUCAGGAGGCGUUACGCCUCUAUCCCACGGUUCCGACGACGAUCCGUGAAGCCGUGCGCGACACCACUGUCGCCGGCACUCGUAUCCCGAAGGGAACGCACAUUGUCCUCUGUCCGUACGCCAUCAACCGCUGUCCGUUGCUCUGGGGCGCGACCGGCGAGCCAUUCAUGCCGGAACGCUGGAUCGAUUACGGGAAGAACGGCGAACCGACCGUCAAUGGUCACGGCGGAGCGUCGACAAAUUAUGCACAGAUUACCUUUCUACAUGGGCAGCGUUCGUGUAUUGGUGGAGGAGUGGUAGGUGGUAGGUCAUUUUGGGGGUGUUGGAUGUAUUCAGGGUUUAUGGCAUGUGUAUAA